AGAACUAGCCUAUUAAGAAAGUAGAUAUGACAGGAUCCUUACCAUCUACUCCCUCUAAAGGGCUUACGGAGGUUCCUACGAAUUGUUUUACAUAUAGAGAAGGGCCUUUGUCACGAUUAUCAUUAUCGCCACGUAAAUUACAAAUAUCAAAUGAUUUAAUACAAAAACCGUCUUUGGAUGAUCUUAAAAAACUGAAUAAGAGUACAGUUAGUCAUCUUCGUACUCUUUGUAAGUUGUCAUUGUUAAAUAAUUGUGAAGAGAUUUGUAUUCCAGGAGUAACAAAGGGAGCAGAAGAUGUUACAGGUUUGCAUGGGAGAAUACGAUUACAGAAGGGAAUUGAAAAUAGGGUUUAUUCAUGGCAUAAAACUUGGAUGGAUAAACAACGUGCAAACAUACAAGCAUAUGAAUAUCUCUGUCAUAUAGGGGAAGCAAAAGAAUGGAUAGAAUUAUGUAUUGGAGAAGAUAUUCAUCCUAUUUUAGAACUAGAAGAAUCUUUGCGUGAUGGGGUUGUUUUAGCAAAGCUUGCUAGAGUAUUUUUUCCAGAGUUAGUUCCAAAGAUUUUUGAGGCUACUAAAUUGCAAUUUCGACACAGUGAUAAUAUCAAUCGUUUUUUUCAAUUUAUUGAAAGAAUUAAUUUGCCGGAUGUUUUCAGAUUUGAACUUACUGAUCUUUAUGAAAAAAAAAAUAUUCCAAAAGUUAUUUAUUGCAUUCACGCUCUUUCAUUCAUGCUUUCACAUAUUGGACUUGCUGCAUCCAUGAGCAAUUUAGUUGGAAAGCUUGAAUUCACAGAUGAAGAAAUUAAAAAUACUCAACGUGAUUUAGAUAUAGCUGGCGUAAGUCUUCCUAAUUUUAAAAAUAUUGGGAAUACACUCGCAGGGGAAUUAAAUAUUCCACAAGAAAAAAGGAUAAAUAAAUGUGAUGAAUCUCCUUUUGAAAAAGAAGCGUUUGGUUUAAAAUGCCAAUCAGUUUGUAGAGGAUAUCUUUUGCGUAAGAGAUUGAUAGAAGCCUUUCGAAUUCUUUUGGAUCAAGAAGAUGUUAUUUCAUUACUGCAAGCUUAUAUAAGAGGUUUUUUUGUACGAAAAUUGUUUCUUGAAAAAAUGAAUGAGUAUCAUAAAUUUAAAAAAUGGAUAAAAAAUAUUCAAACGGUAUCCAGGGGAUAUAUUAUAAGGAAAUUUUAUAUAGGAUGGAAAGAUUCAAUUGAUUAUUAUAAAGAAGAUAUUGUUAAAAUUCAGGCUAUAAUCCGAGGAUAUUUGCUACGAAAAAAAAUUUCCUCUUUAUUUAAUGAUUUCAUGAAAAAAGAGGGUUUAAUUGUUAAGAUGCAAUCAUACUCUCGAGGAUUGCUUUUUCGACGUGCUUUUGAAAGCCAUAUUAUGCAUUUUCAUUCAAUGAAUCGGUAUUCUAUUUUUUUGCAAGCUCAAUCUCGUGGUGUUCUACUUCGAAAGAGGCUUCAUUAUAUUCUUGGAUCUUUGCUUUUUGAAGGGGAUAUGAUUGUAAUUCUUCAAAGUUAUAUUCGAGGAAUAUUAGUUCGUAAUAAGUUCAAUAGGAAAAUGAAAUACUAUAAGGAAAACAUACAAAAGAUAAUUAAAAUUCAAAGUUUUGUUCGUGGAAAACUUCAAGGACAGGCUUAUAAAAAUCUAACUUCUGGAAAAAAUCCUCCUGUUGCGACUAUUAAAAAUUUUAUCCAUCUAUUAAGUGAUAGUAAUUAUGAUUUUCAAGAAGAAAUUGAAAUGGAAUCGCUUAGAAAAAUGAUUGUUCAACGUGUUCGUGCUAAUCAGAAUGCCGAAGAACAUAUUUACCAAUUAGAUCUGAAAAUUGCUUUGUUGGUUAAAAAUAUGGUAACUUUGGAUGAAGUUAUUUGUCAUCAGAAGCGAUUUUCUUCAAAAAUUUUAUUACAUUCCAAUUCUCAAGGACUUUUAAAAGAUCCAUUUGACUUAAAAGCCCUUAAUAAAUCUUCUAGAGAGAAAUUGGAGCUAUAUCAGGAUUUUUUUUUUCUUUUGCAAACCUGUCCUGAAUAUUUUGCACGUCUAUUUUGUAGUUAUUGUGAGAGAAGAGCAUCAGAGGAUAAUAUUAAACAACUUGAGAAUUUUCUGGCAUGUAUUUUUGGUUAUGCUCAAAAACGAAGGGAAGAAUAUUUUUUAUUAAAGUUACUUCGAAGAAGUAUCAUUGAAGAACUUAUUAAAGUUGAAAAUAUACAAGAAUUUUUUGAACGUGAUUCUUUGUGGAUAAGAAUUAUUGUUUCUUAUAAUAGGAGUGUUAAAGAAAGAAAAUAUUUAAAAGAACUUUUUGAACCUUUAAUAGAAAAAAUAAUUAAAAAUGAUGAUCUCGAUCUUGAAAGCGAUCCUGCGAUGAUAUAUCAUUCAAUAAUUAGUAAAGAAGAACGUAUAACUGGUCAGAAGAGUAAACGACGGCUUAAUCUUGAAAAAACAGAUGCAAUUCAAGACCCGGAGACCAGAGAUCUUUUUAUUAAGCAUCUUCAAGAUUUGAGGGAUUGGACAGAAAGCUUUAUUAAUGCUAUAGAAAUUAAUAUACAUAAAAUGCCAUUUGGGUUACGAUAUAUAGCAAGAGAAGUAUAUCGUACACUUUUGACAAGAUUCCCUGAUGGAAACCCGUUAGAAAUUCUUAAAUUUAUUGGAUAUAUAAUAUAUUAUCGUUAUUUUGAUCCUGUUAUAAAUGCACCAGAUGUUUUUAAUAUUAUUGAUGGACCUAUUACGACUUUACAGCGUAGAAAUUUAGCAGAGAUUUCUAAAAUGCUUUCACAAAUUACAACAGGUGAAUUAUUUGAUGAAAAUGAUGUAUUUCUUUGUCCUCUUAAUCUAUAUCUUGAAACGGCGAUUCAAAAAAUGAUGAAAAUUUUUAAGACGGUAAUUAAUGUACAAGAUGCUGAACAGUAUUUUGAGAUGGAUGAAUUUGAUGAUCUUACUUGUACUCAAAAACCGAUUUUAUAUAUUAAGAUUUCUGACAUAUUUGCUAUCCAUUCUUUAGUUUAUAAUGAAAUUGAAAUUAUGGCACCAAAUCAAGAUGAUCAGUUACGCGAUAUUAUUAAACAACUUGGAUUAUUAUCGAAUAAUGAGGAAUUUAUGAAAAUUUCGGACACUGAAAUUGAUCUUACAUUGAAUCCUAGACUGGUUCACAUAGAAAAUCCUGAUUCUGAAAUUCGAGCUUUAUUCAUCGAAACAAAAUAUUAUAUUUUUUAUAUUAUUCGAAUUCAAACCGGAUUAAAUUUGAUGGAGAUACUUAUUCAACCUGUACAUCCUAACGAUGAAAUAAAAUGGGAGCAAAUUCUGAUUGAAGAAAGUAAAAAUAAUAAACAUUCAAAUAUAUAUACAAGAAAUAAUAUAUAUAAUAUUAAAGAAAUGACAUUUUCUCAGAUCAAAGCUGCUGCUCUUGACAAUAUUUUAAAACUUGAAUCUAAGGGUAUAAUAUCUAGAUCCAAUUACUAUCAGGAUUUAUUAAAUGCAAUUGCUACUGAUAUUCGUACAAAACAUCGCCGUAGAAUACAGCGACAAAUGGAACUUGAGAGUGCAAGACAAACGUUAGCUCAUUUAGAUAAUAAGGCUCUCUAUUUGAAAUCUCAAUUAGAAAGUUAUAACAAUUAUAUAGAGAAAUCAUUGAUUUCAUUACAAACUAAAAAAGGAAAGAAAAAGCAAGUUGUUCCUUUUACUAAACAAUAUUUUCAUCUUAGAAAUCUAAAACGAUCUGGUCAGGUCCCAAAAUUUGGGUCUCAUAAAUAUUCUGGUCGUCAACUUUUUGAUAAGGGGGUAAUUGUUUCAAUAAAUAAUCAUGAAGAAAAAGAUUACGGAAAGUUUUAUUUCACACUUUCUUCGAACGAUGUCGGUGUUUUUAUUAUUGAGGUUACUUCUGGGUCUCUUCAUUUUCCUGAUUCCAUAUUAAAGUUAAAACUAGAUGAUUUGCUUGAAGCACAAUAUAAUAAUAUUGAGGUUUUGCCUUUAUUUGAAGGGUUGGUUAAAAUUAAUGUUAAUUUAAUGCUGCAUAUGAUUUUUAAGAAGUUCUAUUCCAAUUCAUAAGAGUAUGUUUUUUUUGAAUAUUUUGACAUGGGUUACAUAAUUUGUGGAAUUCUUGCCUGGGUAUUUUUAAAUGUAAUUAUAUUUGCGUAAUUAUUUUUG